AUGAGUACGUUGAGUUGGAACUGUCGUGGCUUGGGCAAUCCACGAAUAGUUCGCGAAGUAGUGGACUUAGUGUCCCGUAAGAAGCCUGAGUUUGUCUUCCUCAUGGAGACUAAAGUGAACCGGGAGCAUGCAGAACGGCUCCGGGUUAAGAUUGGCUUUGAGGGUUUAUUUUAUGUUGAUUCUAUUGGUCGUAGUGGUGGACUAGCUUUAUUUUGGAGAAGAAAUAAUACUGCCAAGUUAUUGAGCUUUUCAACUAACCAUGUCGAUGUUGAGGUCUGUGUGACUGGUCUAGGGACAUGGAUAAUGACUGGUUUCUAUGGAUUUCCGGAGAGGAGUCGUAGGAAUGCUGCUUGGGACCUCUUGAGAACACUAGCAGGGAGAUCAACUCUGCCAUGGGUUGUACUGGGAGAUUUUAAUGAUCUUCUGUUUCAACAUGAGAAGAGGGGUGGUAAGACACAUCUGGAUGGACUCUUACGCGGCUUUGGGGAGACUCUCGAUGAUUGUGGUCUAAUCCAAUUACCCAUGCAGGGCCAUCAGUUCACAUGGGGGAGGGGAAAGGGCACUCAGGAGUGGAUGGAAGAGCGGCUUGACAAAGUUUUAGCUCGUGCAGAUUGGUGCGAUUCCCUUCCAGCUGCUAGUGUCUCUAAUAUUCUAACUCGCAAUUCUGAUCAUUCUGCCCUCUUUUUGGGGGUGAAGGAACGCGGGGUUUCAACUUUUGACACACACAGACAGUUCAGAUUUGAGAUGGCGUGGAUACAUGAUGAAGGUUGUAGGCAGCAGGUCGAGGUUACGUGGCAGGAAGGGAGAGGUGACGGGCUAAUGGAUUGCCUACAAUACUGUGGCAUGAAACUCCAGUGCUGGGGUGGUGAUCAUUUUCAUAAAUUCGGGGACAAGAUCAGGCGUUUGAAGAAGGAGCAGGCUCAGCUACAUGGCCGUCUUGAUUCGGAUUCCUUGUCUAAAUAUCAAGAGUUGGAGGCUGAGCUGUAUGCUUCCGCUCGUAAAAAGAAAAAUACUUUAACUCGUUUAAAAAAUGAUUCUGGUUUGUGGGUGGAGGAUGAUGAGUUGAAUACUCUUGUGCUUAAUUAUUUUAGUGAGAUUUUUACAUCAUCUAGUUCUGUUUCUGCUAUGGAUUCCUUUGCUGCAUCCGUUGAGCCACGAGUGACCCAAGACCAGAAUGAAGUUUUGCUUAGGCCUUUUCAGCCGGAGGAAGUGAAGACUGCUUUGUUUUCAAUGUUCCCUGAUAAAGCUCCAGGGCCUGAUGGAAUGAAUCCGGGAUUCUAUCAACAUUACUGGGAUGUGGUGGGAGGGGAUGUCACUACAUUUGUGCUUAAUUGUCUGAAUAGUUGUUCUUUUUCGAAUGGCUUAAACAACACUAAUGUAGUCUUAAUUCCCAAGAAGAACCACCCGGAGUUGGUUUCUGAUUAG